AAAAACGCAAAAAAAAAAAAAAAAAAAGAAGUACAUCUCCAUCUUCUCUUCUCUCAAUUUUUAUCAGUGUAGGACAACAAGUAAGAGUGAAAUAGAAAGAGAUACCAAGUGAACGGUUUAGUGUGAUUGACAUCAGAUAAAAUAUAAAAGAGAAAAAAAAAAAAAAAAAAAACCUAUGGACUUUAAUAUCUCUCUACAAUUUUCGGUUUUCAUUUUGUAAUUGUAACGGUAAAAGAAUCAAAUGACGUAAAUUAAACUAAAAAUUAUCAUUGUUUUUCAUCGGAGAAAUAAGAACUGAAAACCGAAACACAAUAAGCCAACUGAAGUUGUAACAAAUCCACACUAUGAUACCAUCACCACUACUAGGAUUUAUAGUGUCGUCGUCGUAACAAAAUACAAGGAUUUACAAAGUUUAAAACUGUUUCUUUAUUUCGAAUACAAACUUUUUUACUUUCAAAUUAAUUAAAAAAAAAAAAAAGUAUUAAACACAGAAAGUACGAUACUAGUAGAUAGAAAAUAUUUUGAAAAAAAAAACAACAAUAUUUUAGUUGUUGUUUUUGUGUAAAUAAAACAGUAAAUUAAAUUAAAACAAAAAAAAAACAACCAAAACAAAAACUUUAGGCAUUAACAGUGCAGUGCAGUAACAACUGCAACAACAAAAUCAAAUAAGAUGCGUGAAUACAAAAUUGUUGUCCUUGGCAGUGGGGGUGUUGGAAAAUCAGCAUUGACAGUGCAAUUUGUUCAAGGUAUUUUCGUGGAAAAAUAUGAUCCCACCAUCGAAGACAGUUACAGAAAACAAGUCGAAGUGGAGGGCCAACAGUGUAUGUUGGAAAUUUUGGACACUGCUGGAACUGAACAAUUUACCGCCAUGAGAGAUUUGUACAUGAAAAACGGUCAAGGUUUUGUUUUAGUUUAUUCAAUAACAGCACAAUCAACAUUUAAUGAUCUUCAAGAUCUUCGGGAACAAAUUUUAAGAGUUAAGGAUACAGAUGAUGUUCCAAUGGUACUGGUAGGGAACAAAUGCGAUUUGGAAGACGAGCGAGUAGUUGGCAAAGAAUUGGGAAAAAGUCUUGCAGCACAAUUUAACUGUGCUUUCAUGGAAACAUCUGCCAAAGCAAAAGUUAAUGUAAACGAAAUAUUCUAUGAUUUAGUUCGACAAAUAAAUAAGAAAUCACCCGAGAAGAAACUUAAACAAAAGAAAAAAUCUAUUUGUGUCCUCCUAUAAAUCAUUUUCACACUAAAAUUUACGUAUUUAAAUAUUAAAUCAAUAUCAAUAAUUUGUAAACAAAAUAAAAAUGCAACAGAAACAGAAUCAGAUUUUUUUUUUUUUUUUUUUUUUUGAAACUUACAAAUGUAUAAUUUAACACAAAACACAAACAAAUAUACAUGUUAUAUGCAUAUACAAGCAUUAUUUUGUGGCCGUCUUAAUGUUAAGUGCAAACUAAAAUAAAUACAAAAAAAAAAAAGAAAUAGAAAAAGUAAUAAAACUAAUUGUAUAUGAUGAUAGUAAACUAUUAAAAAUAAAUCCGUAACAAAAGAAUACAAAAAAUGACGGUUAAAUGUUAAUUCCAACCAUUAAAAAAAAAAACAAAACAA